UCCCUCUCCUCCUUCCGGCCCAGCCCAGUCGCAUCAUCACAGCCACAGGAAACAACAUCCAACGGUCCAUAGCCUUCUUCCACAUCCCAUUCAUCGGCCUCAGCUUCAUCGGAAACCCCCAAAUUCUCUCUCUCUCUUUCUCACAGUGAGCUGAAACCAAAAAAUGCUGGGCCGACUCGCUUCAACUCGGCUCCAAGAGAUCCGCCGAAUCUUCACUCAGCCUUCUUCUGUUCGAUCCUUGUCCACCGCGCUCAACUACCAUAUUAAUUCGCCGGAUAACAAUCCAGAACAAGCUUGGGAAUUCAGCGAUGCUAACAAAGCCAAGGUGAAAGAGAUACUUUCUCAUUAUCCGUCCAACUACAAGCAAUCUGCAGUGAUUCCUCUGCUGGAUCUUGCACAACAGCAGCAUGGAGGAUGGCUCCCUGUUUCAGCAAUGAAUGCAGUAGCGAAGGUUAUAGAAGUUGCUCCUAUACGUGUAUAUGAAGUCGCAACAUUUUAUUCAAUGUUCAACCGGGCAAAGGUGGGAAAGUAUCAUCUUUUGGUAUGUGGGACAACACCAUGUAUGAUUCGUGGCUCACGAGAUAUUGAAUCAGCUUUACUGAAACACCUAGGAGUUAAACGCAAUGAAGUAACCAAGGAUGGAUUAUUCUCUGUCGGGGAAAUGGAAUGCAUGGGUUCCUGUGUGAAUGCUCCUAUGAUUACAGUGGCAGAUUACUCAAAUGGAUCGGAGGGAUAUACAUAUAACUAUUAUGAAGAUGUUACUCCAGAGAAAGUUGUGGAACUAGUUGAGAAGUUAAGAAAGGGCGAGAAGCCUCCGGCUGGCACUCAAAAUCCUAAGCGCAUUAUGUCUGGACCAGAAGGUGGAAAUACUACAUUGCUCGGUGAGCCUAAACCUCCUCCAUGCCGGGAUCUUGAUGCAUGCUAAAAUUAUGAUGUAUGUUGUCUAUAAUAAUGCAAAUCUUGGGGGUUGUCAGGCUUCCAUUUGCUCUGGGCACUAUUGCAUUUGUUACUCAUAUACUUGAACCAUUUUUUGUAUUCAAGCGGCAGUAUAAUUUCUGCCGGAGAUGUAGUUUUGUAUGCUUCCAUCUUUCAAUAUGUUGUGGAUUAAAGCUAUACAGUUCUACAAA